AUGGAUAGUGUCUCUUUAGGCCAAACCUCGGGUUCUAAAGUUGGCCGACGAAUAUAUUUGCCAGCUUUCUUUCUCGGAGGGCCGCGGGAUAUGCGGCGUAGAUAUCUUGAUGCAAUGGCUUUAGUGCAAAAAUAUGGAAAGCCUGACAUUUUUUUGACCAUGACAUGCAAUCCACUAUGGCCAGAAAUUCAGGAAAAUCUGAAAUAUAAGGAAAAACCUCAGGACAGACCCGAUCUUUUAGCUAGAGUGUUCAGGGCAAAGUUUGAAAUGCUGAAAGCAGAGAUCAUUACAAAGAAAAUAUUUGGGGACGUAGCAGCCUAUGCUUAUGUCAUUGAAUUUCAAAAAAGAGGUUUUCCCCAUGCUCACCUAUUGCUCAUAUUGAAACCGCAGUUUAAGCCUCUUAAUCCAGAAGCAUAUGAUAAAAUUGUUUCCGCUGAGCUGCCUGAUCGUAAAGAACAUCCUCAUCUUUAUUCUCUUGUUGUAAGGCACAUGAUACAUGGACCUUGUGGACAAAUAAACAAAAAUAGUUCUUGUCAUGACCUUGUCAACUUCCACAUCAUAGCUGAUGAAACACCUCAAGAUGUUGAUGAGACCAAGGAGUUUCAGCGAGAUCGAUGGGUUUCUCCUCCGGAAGCUUUGUGGCGAAUUUAUGCAUUUCGAUUGAAUGAAAUGACCCCUGCUGUUUACAGUCUUCAGGUGCAUCUUCCUAGUCACCAAUAUGUUUCCUUUAAUCAAGAUUCUGAUCUUUCGCAGCUCUUAGAAAAAAUUGAUUUCUCAAAAACUAUGUUAACUGAGUACUUUAGAAUGAACCAUGUCAACAAGAAAGCUCAAAACCUCAAAUGUUUGUAUAAAGAUUUUGCUCAGCACUUUGUUUGGACACCUGCUAAAAGAAAAUGGACCGAAAGAAGUAAGCAGAAAGUUAUUGGCAGGUUAGUCACUGUUAAACCAAGCGAAGGUGAUAGGUAUUAUUUAAGGCUUCUUCUCUCACAUGUUCGAGCUCCUACCUCAUUUGAUGACUUGUUGACUGUUAAUGGAUGUAAACUAGCUUCAUUUAGAGCUGCUGCUUUAGAACUUGGCCUCUUAGACUCUGAUUCUUACAUUGAGGCGACACUUGAAGAAGCAGCUGGUUUUCAAAUGCCUUCUUCACUGAGAUUUUUAUUUGCUACUUUGCUUUUGCAUUGUGCUCCAACAAAUCCAAGUCUUCUAUCGCUCCAACAUAUCAGGAGGCAUAUCAGUGAGUACAGGUUAGUAGCAGACGAUAUUACUCUUAGCUGUCAUGAGAGCAUGACUAAGGUAGUUGACAGUGAAAAGAGUAUUGUGGUGUCGCCGAAAGAUCUCUUGAUAUCUUCAAAGUUAAAUGCAGAACAAAAACAUGCUUAUGAUUUGAUAUUGCAGACUGGAUACAUUGCAAUAGCUGUAGCAACUUUAGGGGUUGCAGCAUCGAUUCUUCCUAGAGGAAGAACUGCUCACUCCAGAUUUAAGAUUCCAUUGGACUUUUCCAGGAAUAAAACCUGUCAGUUGAGCAAGCAAAGCAGCAUGGCUCAUUUAAUCAUUCAAUGCAAGUUGUUCUUGUGGGAUGAAGCGUCAAUGGCAAAAAAGAAGACUAUUGAAGCAUUUGAUGAAUUACUAAAAAAUCUAAUGGAGACUGCCGAUCCUUUUGGAGGCAAGGUUGUAGUUUUUGGGGGUGAUUUUCGCCAAACUCUUCCUGUCAUUUAA